CGCUGAUCGCACGGUUUGGCGCGUCUGAGUGGAAAACUGACCGGUUGGGCCCGCUGUCAGGCGCCACGUGGCCAGGGGGAGACGGCGCCCGUGACGCGCGCCGUUAGACGGCGCCGCACCUGUCUUAACGAGCCGGCCCAACCCAGCCCGACCCGUUCGUCCAUUCCCCUCUGUCUUGCCUUCUUCUCUGCCUGCCUCCGCCGCCGCCUCCGCCGUCCAUUUGUCACCGCCGGCCGCCGCAGCAAUGGUGUCCUGGAAGGACGGCGAAACUAGUAGCGAAGAUUCUGUGUCCCCCCUCUUCAACUCGCACGAGGAGGAGACCUAUAUCCCACAGACCAUUGUUGACCCGGAGUGGUGCGGUAUUGUUGCCGGAGGACCGAUGUGCUGUCACAACCUUCAUGUUCAUAGGGCUGUUGUGUUUCAAGGAAUCAACACUGGCCGUAGGUUUUAUGGAUGCGCUAAUCAGGAAGGAGACAAUUGUGGUCUGGUUCAAUGGAUUGACCCAGAAUGGCCAGAACCCAUGAAAAAUGCACUACGCAAACUUUGGGACAUGUAUGAGCAGAGUAGCAAAGAGAAUGAUGCUAAAGAAAAGCUCAUAGUCAAGCUUGGAGAAGAGAAGAAGCUAAUCCAAGAGAAGCACCACAACCACAUCAAAGAAACAAGCAAUUUUUUUUCAACAAUUCACAAGAAUGUGAUGAGGGAGAACUAUCAGAAGAUUAUGCAGGAUGGUGAUGUAGAGAAUGAUGUACUUCAAGCCCAGGAAGAGAAGGCUAAGCUUGAGAAAGACAAUAUUGAGCUGAGGACAUCACUACAAGUCAUUAAGCAGAGCAAUGAUGAACUUGUUAGCAAUUGGAAGAAACAUGUAGCAGAUGAAGGUCUUCAACAGAUUGAACAGAUGAAGAAGGAGAAGAAAAAGUUAGAGUAUAUCAUAGCUGAUUUGCUGAAGGAUGGGGAGGCAAACAAGGUUAAGUUGAGGAAAAUCAAAGAACUCUGUGAUGAGUGAUUAUUAAGUUGAUUAUUAUGUUGUUCCUGUGAGGCAAAUCUGUUGUGAACUUGUUAGCAAAUUAUGUUGUUUCUGUUGAACUAAGUAUCCUAAUCUGUUGAACUAAGUAUCCUGAAAUGUUUCUGUUGGCACAAUGUAUGAGGCCAACAAGGUUGAACUAUGCUGUUUCUGAACCUUAGUCAUGUGAUGUUUAGUUGUAAUGGAUUAUUAUGUCAUAUUUGAACACUAAGAUGUUUGUUGGAUGUGAGCA